AUGCCGGUCUUCUUCCACCUCACGCUCCAAAAGCCUACGGGCAUCACGCAGGCUGUACAGGGCAACUUCUCGGCGCCGAAGGCCCAGGAAAUCGUGGUAGCGCGGUCUCAUACGCUGGAAUUGCUGUCGCCGGAUGAAAAUGGCAAGUUGCGCAGCCUCUGCGUCUGCGAGAUAUUCGGAAUCGUACGGGUCAUUUCGGCGUUCCGGUUGACGGGAACGCAAAGAGAUUACCUGGUGGUUGGUUCAGACAGCGGCCGUCUGGUUAUCUUGGAGUUUUGCAACGCCGCGCGCACAUUCAAGCGCGUGCACUGCGAAACGUACGGGAAAACCGGCAUACGCAGGAUUGUACCUGGACAGUACCUGGCGGUGGAUCCCAAGGGCAGAGCGCUCAUCGUAGGUGCAGUGGAGCGAGAGAAGUUUGUUUACAUCCUCAAUCGAGACAGCAAGGCGAACCUCACCAUCAGCUCCCCCUUGGAGGCCCACAAAAGCCGCUCCGUGUGCCAUGAUAUUGUGGGACUGGAUGUGGGAUUCGAGAAUCCCAUAUUUGCGUCACUCGAACAGAGUUACGAGGCGGUGGACGCCCUCCAGGUAGACGAUGACGAAGAGCUCACCGACGAGGCGUUGAAAAAAGGUCUCAGCUUCUGGGAGAUGGACCUCGGUCUUAACCACGUAGUGCGGAAGAUGACGCUCCCUGUUGAUCUCAGCGCGCAUCACCUGGUGGCGAUACCUGGAGGCGAAAGCCCAGGUGGGGUGCUCGUCUGUUGCGAGAACUUCCUUGUGUACAAAAACAUGGAACACCCCGAGAUAUCCUGCGCUUACCCGCGCAGGCUGGAAAUGGCGCAGGACAAACCCCUGCUGAUAGUCUCUAGCGCGAUCCACAAGAUGCGCGACUUCUUUUUCGUGCUCCUGCAGUCCGAGUAUGGCGACAUUUACAAAGUCGAACUGUUUCACGAAGAAGGCCGAGUGAAGGAGAUUGUAUGCCGGUAUUUCGAUACUGUGCCGCUUGGCAACUCUAUAUGCAUCCUGAGAGCAGGAUAUCUCUUCGUCGCUGCGGAGUUUGGCGACCACCACCUCUACCAAUUCACCGGAAUUGGCACUAACGAAAACGACCCUCUAUGUAGCUCAAACCACCCGCAGGGUAAAGACGCAAUCAUCGCAUUUAAACCGCGCGUUAACCAAAACCUGCAGCUGAUUGAUGAGCUCAGCUCUCUCAGCGCCAUCACCGAUCUCAAGGUGAUAGACGUCCAGGGUUUAGGGCAGCCGCAGAUAUUCUUGGGCUGUGGCAGGGGUGAUCGCAGCAGUAUACGGGUGCUGCGACAUGGGUUGUCGGUGGAAGAAUUGGCGGACAACGAACUGCCGGGGAGGCCGAAGCAGGUAUGGACGGUGCCCACUGGUGUUGAUAGCACGCACGACGGAUUUAUCCUCGUAGGUUUCGAAGGGAACACCCUGGUCUUAUCGGUAGGGGAGGCGGUGGAGGAGGUGACUGACUCCUGCUUCCUCACGUCGAUUACUACCCUGCACGUAAGCAUGAUGGGGGAUGGAUCAUACAUCCAGGUACAUGACGGCGGUGUUCGACACGUGUUCGACAUGAAGGUACGCGAGUGGAAAACACCCACUGCGAAGCGAGUAAAGGUCGCAGCAUCGAACAAACACCAGCUGGUGCUCGCCCUGUCCGGUGGCGAAAUCGUUUACUUCGAGUUGGAUGAAUCGCAUACGCUUGUCGAGGUGGCAAAGCGCAGCCUCAACGUGGAGAUCACAUGCGUCAGUUUACAGCCCACCGGCGCAGGCAGACUUAUGGCGAGCUUCAUGGCCAUUGGGGCUUUGGAUAAUUUGGUUCGUAUAUUAUCGCUGGACAGGCACCUGAAACAACACAGCACGCAGCUGCUGCCGAACAACAGCACUCCGGAGUCUGUGUGCCUGGCCGAGUUCCAAGUUGCUGCGCAUUCGACACUGAUGCUGGCUGUUGGACUCAACACCGGUGUGAUGAUUAGGGCUACAGUGGAUUCUAUAUCCGGCGCACUCAGCGACCAGUACACCCGUUUCUUGGGUUCGCGUGCAGUGAAGUUCAGGAACAUCAAGAACCAAAUAAUGGGGACAUCCGACAGGCCUUGGUUAUUAUACGAGUACCAAGGAGUCAUGCAGUGCGUUCCCCUGAGCUACGACACCCUGGAAAGCGUUGCGUCCUUUUCAAGUCCACUCUGCCAAGACGGAUACGUGGCCAUCGCAGGCUCCAACCUCAGGAUUUUCAGGUGCUGCAGGCUUGGAGAAACGUUCAGCGAGCAUCGUCUACAGGUAGACUACACCCCCAGACGUCUCGUGCUUAUGCCGAAUGAGGCGCCUACACAAGGCGGACUCAACUAUAUGUUGGCUGUUGUCGAGGCAGAUCACAACGCCUACGGGCCGGAUAAUGUGGCCGAAAUUGCGCAGGCGCUGGAAGGGAUCAAGCUGGACAACGAAGUGGGUGAGCCGCUGGCGCUUACCAACUUCAAGGCUGGCAGCGGAAAAUGGGGAUCAUGCCUGCGCAUCGUCAACCCCCUUAGCCUCACAACGGCGGCGAAGCUGCUAUUCGAACGUGACGAAGCGGCAACUACGGCCGCUGUCGUGGUUCUCGACGGCAUGCAAUGCCUAUGCGUAGGCACGGCGCUUGGAUAUGACUUGACCAAUGCCGAAGAUGUGGAAUCUUACAUACGCAUCUACUGCUACGGUGCCAAUUUCGAAAUCAGACUGCUACAUAUCACCCGUGUUGGUGGGGUGGUGCGAGCAUUUGCCGGUUAUGAGGGAAGGCUGCUCGCUGCAGUGGGAAAGCGCAUCCGGCUCUACUCACUGGGCAAGAAACAGCUGUUGCUCAAGGCCGAACAUCGUACAUGCAGUGACCACGGGUUUAUCUGGCUCAACACCGUGGGUUCACGUAUUUUUGCGGGAGAUAUCCGUGAGGGUCUGCAGGUGCUUCGCAUCAAGUUCUACAGCGAAGAGGCAGCCGACUUUGAAUGGGUCGGUGGCGCCACGGGACCGAGAUGGCUCACCUGUUGUGCGCAAUUAGAUUAUUCCACGGUUAUUGCCGGAGACAAGUUCGACUCCCUGUUCGUAGCACGCGUCCCCCAGGAGGAGUCAACACGACACAUCCAGCUGGAAAACGUAUGCCAGUUCCACCUCGGGGACCUCCCAACGGCUAUAGAUAAGGCUUCUCUCUCUCCUUCGACCUCAGUGGUGCUUUACGGUACAAUAAUGGGCUCUAUAGGCGCACUGGUGCCCUUCCAGUCCAAGGACGAAUUGGAUUUCUUGCAACACCUAGAGAUGUUAAUGGCGACGGAGGCGCCACCACUAUGCGGCCGGGAGCACAGUUUCUACCGCAGCUACUACGUGCCCGUUCAGCAAGUGGUGGACGGCGACAUGUGUGAACAGUUCCGUCAUCUCAGCGAGGCCCAGCAGCGCAAGGUUGCCCAACAGCUGGACUCCAAUGUAAACAACGUAUUACGCAAGCUGGACGAAAUCAAGAACCGCAUCAUGUGA